AUGUCCGUGAUUCUUGCAUCAGCUGGCUAUGACCAUACCAUCCGAUUUUGGGAAGCUCUGACAGGGGUAUGCUCGAGAACUAUCCAGCAUGCUGACUCACAGGUGAAUAGGCUGGAAAUUUCGUCAGAUAAACGGUUUUUGGCCGCAGCAGGGCAUUUAAACGUGCGGCUGUAUGACAUCCGCACGACAAAUCCAAAUCCGGUUGCCUCGUUCGAAGGCCAUCGGGGCAACGUAACGUCCAUUGCAUUCCAACAAGAAAAUAAGUGGAUGGUGUCGUCCAGUGAAGACGGCACUAUCAAAGUAUGGGACGUACGUGCGCCAUCGGUUCAACGUAACUAUAAGCAUAACGCCGCUGUCAACGAGGUUCAAAUUCACCCAAACCAAGGAGAACUUAUUUCAUGCGACCAGGACGGCAAUAUUCGAAUCUGGGACUUGGGCGAAAACCAAUGUGUCCAUCAGCUCACUCCAGAAGACGACACGCCUUUGCAGUCACUUUCGGUCGCGAGCGAUGGCUCCAUGCUCGUUGCAGGCAACAACAGGGGCGAUUGCUACGUUUGGCAAAUGCCAAACCAAACGGACAUUACAACACCUAAGCCGGUGACAAAGUUCCGGUCGCAUGCGAAAUACAUAACUCGAGUUUUACUGUCAUCAGACGUGAAACAUCUAGCAACGUGUUCUGCAGACCAUACUGCUCGAGUUUGGUCUAUCGACGAUAACUUCCAGCUAGAGACCACCCUUGACGGACACCAAAGAUGGGUCUGGGAUUGCGCAUUUAGCGCAGAUUCUGCGUAUCUCGUCACAGCAUGCUCCGAUCACUAUGUAAGAUUGUGGGACCUAUCUACAAGGGAGAUUGUUAGACAGUACGGUGGACACCACAAGGGCGCUAUAUGUGUAGCUCUUAAUGACGUAUAA